AAAAUCAAUUUAGUAGAAGGAAUGUAGAAACCAGGGGCCACGGCAGCCGAGAAUUGCAAGAAACCGUCAUUGACGCGUUUCGCGGCUGAAUUAAAUUUCUUACACAGAAGAAUCGAAUCAGAAGAUCAAACACUAAAAAUCUUUCGUUGUAUUGAAUUGUUCUGAUUGACGCAAUUGUGAAACGGAAAAUGGCAGAGAAGAAGAAGAAGACGACGCCCAGUGGAAGAUGGUUGUGGGUUCUUGGAGCCGCCGUUAUAGUAUUUCUCGCAAUAGUAGCUCCGAAGAUCUCUCUUUUCGGUCGCAGUGCGCACAAGCCCUGCAAGUGUGAGGAUUCACGCAAGUAUACUGGCAUUGUAGAGGAUUGUUGCUGCGAUUAUGAGACUGUUGACAGUGUUAACGAGGAAGUGUUGCAUCCACUGCUCCAAGAGCUCGUUAAAACCCCAUUUUUCCGGUAUUUCAAGGUUAAACUGUGGUGUGAUUGUCCUUUCUGGCCUGAUGAUGGUAUGUGCCGUCUCCGGGAUUGCAGCGUCUGUGAAUGCCCAGAAAAUGAGAUUCCAGAAACGUUCAAGAAGCCCUUCAAUCGAGUGCUUUCAUCUGACGACUUAGUGUGCCAAGAGGGAAAGCCAGAGGCAAUUGUUGAUCGCACUCUAGAUACUAAAGCUUUUAGAGGAUGGAUAGAAACAGACAAUCCAUGGACAAACGAUGACGAGACUGAUAACUCUGAGAUGACAUAUGUAAAUCUCCAACUGAAUCCUGAACGUUACACUGGCUAUACUGGUCCAUCAGCUAGGAGGAUAUGGGAUGCUAUUUACACAGAGAAUUGUCCAAAAUAUCCAUCUGGAGAGUUUUGCCCAGAGAAGAAAGUGUUGUACAAGUUGAUAUCUGGACUGCAUUCCUCCAUUUCGAUUCACAUAGCUGCUGAUUAUCUCCUUGAUGAAGCUAACAACUUGUGGGGUCAAAAUCUUGAGAUCAUGAACGAACGGGUGUUAAAAUAUUCGGAGCGUGUGAAGAACCUAUACUUCACUUUUCUUUUUGUCCUUCGAGCUGUGACAAAAGCAGCAGAUUAUUUGGAGCAGGCUGAGUAUGAUACUGGCAACCCUUCUGAGGACCUGAAAACACAGUCCUUGGUGAAACAGCUACUCUAUAAUCCAAAGUUACAAGCUGCAUGCCCUCUCCCAUUUGACGAAGCCAAGUUAUGGCAAGGUCAAAGCGGACCAGAGCUGAAGCAGCAGAUUCAAAGACAAUUCAGAAACAUCAGUGCAUUGAUGGAUUGCGUAGGUUGUGAAAAGUGUCGACUAUGGGGAAAGCUUCAGGUUCUUGGCUUGGGCACCGCACUGAAGAUCCUGUUUUCUGUUAAUGGUGAAAACCACAUGGAACAGCCUUUGCAGCUGCAGAGGAAUGAAGUAAUUGCCCUGGCAAACCUACUAAAUCGGCUAUCAGAAUCUGUUAACUUGGUACAUGAGAUGGGACCCCCCACAGUUGAAAAGAUCAUAGGGGGACAUGUUUCUGCACCCAAUGACCAAAGUAGCAUAUUGCAAUCAUUACGAGAUUUUGUAGUCAGAACAUGGUCAAGAAGCAGCAGCAGCAGCAUCUAAUGGCCUCAUAGCAAUUUUGGAGGAUAGGGAUAGUGACAAUCCAUGCAAGGUAAGGGUAUCUAUAUGAGGAAACAGUGGGCGGUGAAAGCCGCUACUCAGCUUUGGAAGAGUAAAUCCUUUAGGCAGAACUAAAUUGUACAUUAUUUGAUUGUUGUAAAAUGCGGCAUUUCAAUCUGUUGGAUUUGAAAAUACCUCAAGACCAUGUCAAAAAGCAUCAAAAUUAUAUUACAAAUAUACUGAUUAUUCCAACUAAGUCCAGUUCACAUCACCUGUAGAAAAGUUCCGAAGCAUCAAUUAAAAUCAUGGUGCAAGGA